AUGGCUGAGUUGAGGUUAUCGUCAAUGGUGGCUGUUUUGGCAAUGGUAAUUUUGCUGGCGGCGGCGGCUCCCGGCCAAAAUGAGAGCACAUACGGCGGAGGUGGCGGCGGAGGAUGGAGGAGGCCGAUGGUGCCUGCCAUGUUCAUAUUUGGAGACUCUCUAAUUGAUAAUGGAAAUAACAACAAUCUUCCCACUUUUGCAAGAGCCAAUUACUUCCCUUAUGGAAUUGAUUUCGUUGGUGGCCCUACUGGUCGUUUCUCUAAUGGAUACACCAUUGUUGAUGAAAUAGCGAAGCUGCUAGGGCUUCCUUUAAUUCCUCCGAGCACAGCUCCGGUAAUGGGGCCAUUACGUGGACUGAAUUAUGCAUCGGCGGCGUCCGGAAUUCUUGAUAUUACCGGAAGAAACUUUAUCGGACGCAUACCCUUCAAUCAACAGAUAAGGAACUUCGAGAACACCCUCGACCAAAUAACUGGAAACCUCGGCGCCGCCACGGUGGCUCCGGUGGUGGCUCGCUGCAUAUUCUUCGUCGGAAUGGGCAGCAACGACUACCUCAACAACUACCUCAUGCCCAAUUACCCUACCAGAUUCCAAUACACCAGCCGCCAGUUUGCUGAUCUCUUAGUUCAACGCUACACUCAGCAGCUCACUAGGCUUUACAACCUUGGAGCUCGGAAGUUCGUCAUCCCCGGCAUCGGAAUAAUGGGCUGCAUUCCCAACAUGUUAGCUCGGAGCUCUGAUGGAAGAUGCCUAGAAGAAGUGAAUCAGUUGGGUCGAGAUUUUAAUGCAAACGUUAGAACGAUGAUCGACAACCUUAACACCAAUCUUCCUGGUUCGAGAUUCACUUAUAUCAACAUUGCUCGCCUGUUUCAAGAUAUUCUCGCCAACCCUAUGGCUUAUGGAUUCACAGUGGCAGAUCAUGGGUGCUGUGGGAUCGGAAGGAACAGGGGGCAAAUAACAUGUCUGCCAUUCCAGAUGCCAUGUCUGAAUCGAGAGCAAUAUGUGUUUUGGGAUGCUUUCCAUCCAACUCAAAGAGUCAACAUCAUCAUGGCAAGAAGGGCUUUCAAUGGAGACCAAACUGUUGCUUACCCUUUCAAUAUACAGCGGCUUGCCACUCUUAAUUAAUCUCUAAGUGAAACCAACCAGCAGGGAAAACUUCAAGCUUCUCUUCACUUUAAGAUUAUAAACAUAUAUAUAU